GUCCUGCCCUAUUCCUGCCCCUCUGCACCCAAAGGUCAAUCGGAAACAACUGGUUAGUGGUGAGAAGAGGACCCCGGUGUCCCGGCAGUGGGCGCCCAAAGGAAUUGGAAAUGGGCAACCUAGAGAGGUGCAUCUGGGGACAUCUAUGGCUCUGAGACCCUUGCCACCUGCCUCUCCUCCCACCCAUGGCCACGCUGGUAGUCCUCGCCACUCUGGUUCCAUUGACGCUGUCUUGAGAGUAGCUCCAAAGUAGGGUCCCAAGCUUGGAGCAGCAUGGGCACCGAGAAGGAAGAGCCCGACUGCCAGAAACAGUUCCAGGCAGCCGUCAGCGUCAUUCAGAACCUGCCUAAGAAUGGCUCUUACCGCCCCUCCUAUGAAGAGAUGCUGAGAUUCUACAGCUACUACAAGCAGGCUACCAUGGGGCCCUGCCUGGUUCCCCGACCUGGGUUCUGGGACCCCAUUGGACGUUACAAGUGGGAUGCUUGGAACAGCCUGGGCAAGAUGAGCAGAAGGGAAGCCAUGUCUGCCUACAUCUCUGAGAUGAAGCUGGUGGCACAGAAGGUGAUUGACACAGUGCCCCUGGGCGAGGUGGCAGAGGACAUGUUUGGUUAUUUCGAGCCCCUAUACCAAGUGAUCCCUGACAUGCCGAGGCCCCCAGACACCUUCCUGAGAAGGGUCACAGGUUGGAAAGAGCCAGUGCUGCAUAGAGACAGUGAUCAGAUUACUCCAGAGCCUUCCUGCCUCCCCAAGGAGCCAGCCCCUCCAAAUCCAGAGUCCCGGCCACCCAGGGACUUGGACCUGGAGGUUUUCUGUGACUCCCUGGAACAGCUAGAACCAGAGUCGGUAACACCUUCCCUCUUGUCCCCUGUUCCCGUGUCAGAACUGCCCCACCUCCAUCCUGGGACCUGGGACUCAUCUCAGCAGGUUUGGGCAGAGCAGAGGGGGACACCUGACACAGAGCUGGACACCAAAAGCAGCCCUGAGUCCCCUAGUGAGAAAGAGGGCUUGGAAGGCAGUCUGACGGGGCCCCAGGAAUUAGACAGAUGGCUGGUGGGAACAGUCCGGGCCAUGCAGGAAAGCAUGAGGAAUGUCCAAAGGAGACUGCAGAUCCUGGAGAACAAGAUCCAGCCAUGUAAGCAGAGGCCACCCAGGACUCGGCCUUGGCCCCUAGGGCUCUCGACUCCCGCGUUGCUCUUCUUUAUCCUGUGGCCAUUCGUUGUCCAGUGGCUCUUUCGACAGUUUCGGACCCAGAAGAGGUGACUCGAGGAAGUGGUCUCUCUAGCAACUGAAGGCUGUGACGAGUCCCUGCACGUCCUGCUGUGUCCUGAGCCUCCCUAGGUUUAGGGAAACAGCAUUAGAAAUGUCCCUCCAAUGCUCCUUCACCCUGGCACUCCCUCCUUUAGUGGGGGCCCCAUAAGACCCCACCCUUUAAUGCAGUUCGUACCGACGCCCUGGGUCCCUAGGCUGUCGGGUUGGGUGCUGUUAAAGUGCACAUCCUAGCUUUGGGGUUGGCGGUGAGCACCCUCUGACCCCACCCUCUGGGUCACCUGACUUUGCUCCUGCCGAGUAGGCUCCCUGCCGAGGCUCAGCUCUUGGGCAAGUUGGGACUUGGACCUGGCCUGAAGACUGAUUGGUUAGAAGGUUACAGGAAAGGCCGGAGCCGGAGGAGCAGGGAGGAAUGGGAGGAGUGUGCAAGCUGGGGGCUGGGACGCCCCGUACACACGCACAAGUACACACCACGCUCAGGACUUAACUGAAGAUUCACAUGCAAUUGAAUGCUUCAUUAAACAAAAGAAAACCUCA